AUGGAUUUAGAGACGGGGAAAAAAUCGCUGGAAACGAAGCUAACAUUGCUUCAACUAAACGUGAAAAGAACCGAAGUUACACUUCAAAGUGAACAACCCAAUGCCAUCGAGAGGCAUUGUAAGGCUCUCAAAGCAGUCAUCGCCGCUGUAGAUGAUUCCCGAAGAACAGUUGAAGAGCAGAAAAUCAUAGAGAAAGAAAGUCUAGACGAUAUUGGCGAAUGGAACAUUGAGAUCAACGCGAAGCUUGCCGAAGCGGACAACGAGGUUAAACGUAUGAAAGAAUGGGUUAUGACAACCUUGCAGAAGCUUUGA